AAAAGGCUGAAUAUUCAUAUACCCGUCAAGAUGACCCCCGCCAAAUGUCAAAACAGUCCAAAGUAAUUCUGUUAUUACUGCGAAAAACUCAUCAUACAGUGGACGAAAUGCAAAAGAACUAAUCUAGACAACCAGGAGACUGUAUGUGUGUACUGGGAUUAAUAAACUAUUGGCCCAAGCUGUGUACACAUAUAAUGAAAUUUGUAUGAGAAUUUCACUGUGUGAUUUGCUGUGAACAAUACUCAGGGUUCCAUGAUUUUCCUGCCCGCCAUGGAGACUAUUUCCCAAUCAGAGAGACCCCAUACAAGUCACAUCCACUCUUGUCGUGAGACGGCACAAAGGGGCCGACCAGACCCUACCUUCAAGUACAGUGUGCCUGGGGGACGUAGACUAUGGAAUCAAAUGUUAAUAGGUUUUGUUUGCGCUGCCUGUCUCGGGAUGAUAAUGUUGAUUCUCGGAAGUGUCUUCAUUGGCAAUGCGAUUAAGGGAAAUACUUCUAUAACUGUGAUGCUGUGUGUUCUUGGAAUGGUAUGUGGCAUGAUUAUUCUGGUUGGAACAGCAAUACUGGGCCGUAUGUUACUGACACGAAAACUGCGGACUGCAGAUGACGGCGCCACACAGCACAGACCAGAGGCCUGUCUUCAUACCUGUUCCAUCAUCUACACUCCAUCACAAGACCAGCUUAAUGGGCCUGUAUACCAAGACCCGCCUCCGGCAUAUGAGAUGGUCAUCUUCCCGUUACAUCAGGCCCCCACUUUGGAUGAUGGUCACUUUGCGGGCAGUAUAGAGGUCAAUGAGGGGUCACAGAGGCUUGUCCAUCCUGUGAUGAUCAGUCCACCAAAAUAUUCCAUAGCUGCAGCACCAUUGCCAGAAUAUGGCGACCCUGUAUGAGUCAGCGUAGGAUUCUUUUAUUGAUUUUUUGAUUAUGUUUCUGAUUAUUUUUGUGUGUUUUAUGAGAUUUAAAGUUGUAAUUCUGAAAUUAAUUUGUUCACCGUUUGUUUAAAGAAAAAUACUUUUGAUUUUGAGAACUUGUAAUGCAUUUUUAUUAAUGUUUUUAUGAAUAUUAGCUGGUGUGUUUUUCAAAGAAACUAUUUAAAGGAAACUUAAAGGGCCAUAAUUCAUGACUUUAAAAAAGGAUGAGCUAAGCGCCUUUUUUACUCAAAUCCGAUGCGCAUUGGUGUUUGCUUCUUAUGUAUUAAGAUAAUUGAAACAAAUAAAAUGAUUGCUAAUCUACCCCUAUGCCAAAAUGCUUUGAAAAGGUGAUUUGAGUAAGUCAUUAAUGUGGAGUAUAUGUUUAAAAUAAUGUUAAAGUGUAGUGUGAUGAAUGUUCUCACAAACUUUGAGGUCGUAGUAAUAGCUUUAAUCUUUUUAUGUAUCCGAUAAAAGGAAAACUUUGCUGAAACACAAUUCUUAAGUCAUCACCAUAUGCAGCUUGAAUUAUGCAUAAAGGUAUAUCGGUUAUUGGACUUGAAUAUUAUAGUGCUGUUCUCAGCGUUGUGAUUCAUGUGAUAUUGAUUAUUCACUGUGCCAGUUCAGAUAUGUGUUUUAACUUGUAAAAAAGCCAUGUCUGUGUUAGGUUGUGUAAGCAAGUCGCUGUAUUGGUGUGUUAUUUUACUUGUAUACAAGCAAUGUCUGUGUUACAUUGUGUAAAGCAUGUCGUGGUAUUGGUGUGUCUUUUUUGUAAUUGUGUAAAAUUUAAUUUAUUGUUGUAACGCCAAAUAGCUUUAUUAUUUAUUAGGAAAGCAUGUCAAACGUUUUGUGACAGACCUGGUGUCACCGUCAACAUUGUGAAAUGUUGUGCAAAUACUUGAACUUUGACAAUUACUCAAAUAGUUCAAGAUAUUCAAAUGAAACUGGGUACAAAUGUUUCUGAAGACAAUACACACACAUGUACACCAAGGCCCAAAACUCUGACUUUAAAAAGUGUUGAGUUACACCCCUUUUAUGACUGAGGACAGAACAACAAAUAAAUGUUGGAAUUUG